GCCGCGGGCACGGCGCGGCAGCGGCCGCACCUCCGGCCCGCCGGGGGCACGCAGGCCAGCCCAGCCCUCGCCUGACGGCACAUGGCAGCGGAGCGCUCGGCUGCGCCGCAGGUUAGCUAGGGCCGGGCUCUGGCCAGCGCACCCAGGCUCUCUAGGUCCGCCGAGUUACCGCAGGGAUUAAAAUGCAGCUGGCCGCCUGCUUCUUUUUGGGCUGCGGCAUAUUCUUAGCUUCAGGAUACAACUCCUUCAGUAAGAGCAUGGAGACGAUAGGCAAGAAGCAGUACCAAGUUCAGCACGGGUCGUGCAGCUACACCUUCCUUCUGCCUGAGGCGGACAACUGCCGCUCCUCGACUCCGUACGUGUCCAACGCGGUGCAAAGGGAUGCACCUCUGGACUAUGAUGAUUCAGUUCAAAGACUGCAGCUACUUGAGAACAUCAUGGAAAACAACACUCAGUGGCUAAUGAAGCUUGAGAAUUACAUCCAAGACAGUAUGAAGAAAGAAAUGGUAGAGAUCCAGCAAACUGCAGUGCAGAACCAGACUGCAGUAAUGAUUGAAAUAGGCACAAACUUGCUAAAUCAAACAGCUGAACAGACCCGCAAAUUAACAGAUGUUGAAGCACAAGUAUUAAACCAGACAACCAGACUUGAACUUCAGCUUUUGGAACACUCUCUUUCAACAAACAAACUAGAAAGACAGAUUUCAGAUCAGACCAAUGAGAUAACUAAAUUGCAAGAAAAAAACAGCUUUCUAGAAAAAAGAGUUCUUGAGAUGGAAGACAAGCACAUGCUUCAGCUGAAGUCAAUAAAAGAUGAAAAAGAUCAGCUUCAAGUCCUAGUAGCCAGACAGAAUUCUAUUAUAGAAGAACUAGAAAAACAGUUAGUUACAGCUACAGUAAACAACUCAGUUCUGCAAAAACAGCAACACGAUCUGAUGGAGACGGUUCAUAGCUUGCUUACCAUGAUAUCGACACCAAACUCUAAAAACAACUUCAUAGCCAAAGAGGAGCAGAUCAGCUUCAAAGACUGUGCUGAAGCUUUCAAAUCUGGACUGACAACAAGUGGAAUCUACACUUUAACAGUUUCAAACACUGCACAAGAGAAGAAGGCCUACUGUGACAUGGAAACUGGUGGAGGAGGUUGGACAGUUAUUCAGAAACGAGAAGAUGGCAGUGUGGACUUCCACCGGACAUGGAAAGAGUACAAGAUGGGAUUUGGUGAUCCUGCUGGGGAGUACUGGCUGGGAAAUGAGUUUGUUUCUCAACUGACUAAUCAGAAGCGUUAUGUUCUUAAAAUACACCUGAAAGACUGGGAAGGAAAUGAGGCAUAUUCAUUGUAUGACCACUUCUCUCUAGCAAGUGAAGAACAAAAAUACAGGAUUUACCUUAAAGGACUUACUGGGACAGCAGGCAAAAUAAGUAGUAUAAGCCAACCAGGAAAUGAUUUUAGCACAAAGGAUGCAGACAAUGACAAAUGUAUUUGCAAAUGUUCACAAAUGCUAACAGGAGGAUGGUGGUUUGACGCAUGUGGUCCUUCUAACCUCAAUGGAAUGUAUUAUCCAUUACGACAGAAUAACAACAAGUUUAACGGGAUCAAGUGGUACUACUGGAAGGGCUCGGGAUACUCGCUCAAAGCUACGACUAUGAUGAUUCGACCAGCAGAUUUCUAAAUGCUUUGUCAUUAUGUGAAUUAUGUAUUGUACAGUCUUCAAAGACUUAUUUUACCAAGCAACUUGUCUCAUUUUUUCAAGCCCAGAAACAUGCACUAGUGUUCUGAAGGGGUCAGUUCAGUUCAGUUCCUGAAUUGCAAUCGCCUUGAUCAGCUCCAGCUCAUAUUAUUCAACCAGACACAAAGUCUAAAGCAUCAACCUGAUAUAACAGUGAUUUGGCCAAAUGACUCAAUAAAAAGAACAUCCAAGAAACCAUCAGACAACUUAAGGACUCUGUUUUACUGAUCAUUUAUGUUAUGUAUGUGAUAGUAAAUAACUGGAACUGUGAAAAAACCCUAAAAUAGUUUUAGAAAUACGCAUUUUGCCUCACCACUGAACUUUAAACAUUAAUAUAAAACACUUAGCUAGAUCUAGAACUAUUUAUCUUUCUGUGUCUUGUGUGCCCUUUAUGUACAUUAAAAAAAUACUUCCCUGUAAUUAGCUCAAUAGUGUAGUAAGGGAAUACAUUCUUUUCCCCCAUAGUCUCCUAAGCAACUUCUUACACUUAUUUGAGGAUUUUUUUCCAAUAGCCUGUAUGACAAUGUUUAACAGAGGACAAAUAGCAUUUAAGUAGUUUGCAUUUAUUCUUGGGAAAUACCAUUUACAAAAAUCAUCAUUUUUUUCAGUCUAUUUCAGUCACUAUCUUUAAAUUACAAAAAUCCCUACAAAUUAAAAUAUAGCAUGUAUUCCUACACAUUUUUAUGAAGAUUGCACUUUUUUUCUUCCCUUGUCAUUUACCUGUAAAAUAACUGAGCAGUAUUUUAUAAACUGAGACAACGGCAUUAACACCAGAUGUCCGAUUGUCUAUGACAAUCAUUUAUCACCUGGUGCUGUAAUAUAUCUAUAUGUUUUGUAAAAAUAACCUAACUGAAAAACAUAUGCAUGUUCUUUGAUACAAUUAAAUUUAUGCUUAUAACUUAAGAUACAAAUUACUACAUUUUAAAAACAGGAAGAAAAAUAAUCUGAAAGUUACCUAAGGUCACACUAUGUUUUUUUUCAGUAAGGUUAGGACUUCUCCCUAAAAAUUCUCUGUAGGUAGGCCCUCAAUGUACACCACAAUGUGAAUAAAUUACUCUACUGGGUGA